UGCAAAAAUGUCUACAGAUGAUUCAAGACAAAAAGGAGUGUGGCGACAAACAAGAGCACUUUUUUAUAAGAAUUGCUUAGUUAAAUGGAGAACCAAGAAGAGUAGUGUUCAGGAAAUACUGCUUCCACUUUUCUUUUUAUUCUGGCUAAUAUUAUUGAGCAUGAUGUAUCCGAAUAAGAAAUAUGAUGAGGUGCCUGAUUCUGAUCUUUAUUCUGUGGAUCACUCUAGUAUUUCUGAGUUUGUUGUUGGCUACACACCAGUGAACAAUCUGACGAGAAAAAUCAUGCACAAAAUGUCUGCAGAAUAUUUUACAGAAGGAAUCACUACUGAAGAAUUUCUAACUGAGCAAGAAAUGCAAGAGGCUACAUUUCGUAGUCCCCAAAACUUUGUGGGUGUAAUAUUUAAGGAUUCUAUGUCUUAUCAACUCAGAUUUCCUCCUACAAAGGUUCCUGUUUCUGCAAUUCACAUGGAAUCAAGAGCCAGUUGUCCAAAUCCAUCCAAGUUAUGUGAAGCUGAAACCUACUGGCGAUAUGGAUUUACGGCUCUCCAGAUCUGCAUUGAUGCAGCUAUUAUUCAGCUGAAGACUAAUCACUCAGUUUUGGAACAACUGGAACAAACAAAAUCUGUCAUGAUGGGGGAAUCUGCUAUUUUGGAAAUAGAUAAUUUUCCUCGUGCCAUCAUUCUGAUUUACUUAGUGAUUGCCUUUUCGCCUUUUGGUUAUUACUUGGCAAUCCAUAUUGUGGCAGAAAAAGAGAAGAAAAUAAAAGAAUUUUUAAUGAUAAUGGGCCUUCAUGACACUGCCUUUUGGUGAGUAAGUUCCUUAGCGCUUCAUUUUAAACAACUGCAGCAGCUCUUGUUCAGUUAUACAAUUUGAGAGAAAAGGUACAGCAUCUUGAUUGUGACCCAAAGUAAAAAAGUCUUUUUUUAGAAAACAUUUCAGGCUGCUAGUCUAUUUCUUAGUUUGGAUAGAUAUGACUACAUUGUGAUAUAUUUUAAACACUGAGCUAUGUGAAGAAUCGGAUGCAAUUUUGAAAAUAAAAGUGAUACUUGUAAUGUUUGCAGUCUAUGGUCACAAUUAUAUCA